UAAUUUUAACAAGGCCUUGUCUGCAUCUUUUGUGAGCAUCACAUUGCGCAGUUGUCACUGCCACAUGCUUCAGGCAAGCUGAGAUGACUUCUCUGACAAUUGUUCUCGUUUGGCUUACCUGUGCCCCCAUCGAAUCCAACCAGGAAACCUAUGGAUUCAAAAAAGACUGUCACAGAAAAACCUGUCUGGACACAGAGUAUGACACCCGUGAAGCUGUUUGCUGUGAGAACCGUCUGCACCCGGGACCAGGGCUGUUAUGCUGUGGGAAAUUCCCCUUCAACCCAGCAGAGGCCACCUGCUGUAAAGUAGAACAAGGAAAUAAAGUAACAGCUCAUGUUACACAAGGACUGAGCCAAAGUGUGUCUUCUUGCUGUGGCCUGAAAGCGUAUGACUCGCUCAAUGAAAUCUGCUGCCAGUUGACUGUCUCAGAAAAGCCUGCAGCAAAUGCCCAAUGCUGCGGUAAAGCUCCUUACGAUGAAGACACACAGCUGUGCUGCGGCCCGCAAGAUAAGGAGAUCAUGCUCAGGAAAAAUUCCAGUUAUCACGUGUGCUGUGGACAGGACCAGUAUGACAAGGAGAGAGAGUGCUGCUGUUGGGUAAAUGACUCCUUUGACAUACAACCCAGUGGCUCCAGUUGCUGCGUGGAGACGUCAGGUCAAGCAGUGCCGGCUCUCUGUGGUGACAAGUCCUACAACACUCUCAACGAACUAUGCUGUGGAUCAAGUGUAGUAACCAAGACGACACCAGAAACCCAGUGUUGUGGUAAAGGAACAUUUGAAAAAGACAAACAGUUGUGUUGUGGACUUGAUGAAAUCAUCCUCGAGAAAAUCUCUCAUCACCAUGAGUGCUGUGGACAUGAUCAGUACAACACUUUGACUGAGUGCUGCUGUUGGUUGGACGACUCCCUUCAGAAACAACCUAUUAACUCUGAAUGCUGUAAGGAGGAGCUAGGUUUACUACCGGAGAAACCAGGAACUCAACUUGACUGCACUCAAGCACAUGCAGCUCUGAAUGGGUCAUCAUGUUUCAACCUGACUGAUUAUAUCUGUUGCAAGCGACAACAGAUUGAGCUGCCUUUGAGCACUGCAGAUCCAGGUAACGCUGCCCCCUCAGUGCCUGGCCCUGAUACACAUGUCUCCUGUGCUGAGUGGAAGCCCUCAUAUCAAUGCUGCAGUGGAACACCGUCCAGCUUAGCACAGCAUCAGAGCUGUUCGCAGACUUUGUUCACAGACAGAGAGAAUGCAGAGAAUUUUUCAGACACCUGUGGUCCUAUCCACCCAGCUAAAGGAACUACAUGUUGUUCAAGGUUUCAUGGUUCACCAGGACAACAUUGCUGUGGGACAGAGGUCUACCAGCCUCAUAACGAGAUCUGUUGCAGUGGACAGAGGCAUCGCAGACAAGAUAACUGGCACUGCUGUGGAGUUCACUCCUAUAACAUUAUGAACAGGCGGAUAAAGUGCUGCGGAGGGACUGUCUACAUCCUGGCAUCUGACAGGUCUGCAGAAAAAGCUCAAUGCUGUGGAUCCAUCCUCCUGAAACCAUCGGAUGUUUGCUGCUCAAGUGAACACAAGGAGGUGCUAUACUCUGCCAAGACAGGAUUCAGAUGCUGCGGCCACCUCUAUUACAACACAUCCCUGUGGUCAUGCUCUGCAGAGAAAACAAACAAACAAAAACAAGGACAGCAUGAGCGCAGGUUGAUUAAAGGGUGCACCUUUGUAUCACUGGUCAACCUGAAUGAAUACAAUCUCUGUGAAGAAAUAAACGUGGGCAUCGUGGACAGCGUGUCUCUGCACAGCAUUGUGUUCAGCAGUGUGGUGAUAAUCUCUGGAAGAAAUUCUGCUGCGAGGCCUCUCCCCUCCACACACAUCAUGAGAACACCUGAUCACUGCAGCUUCCCUAAACUGAUCCCUGGGCAGACCUACUUCUUCAAUCACACCGAUAUCUUCACUGAUUUCUACCAUGACUCCCUUCUCAAGUCCCUCCAUUUUAUUUUUUCUAAGUGUCAUCAUCCUUAAGCCUCACAGGUAAACCUGUACGUGGCAGAAUCAGUGACAUUUAACAGGAAAAAGCUUUCAUUCUCUAGUUAUUCACUGCAAAUGAACUAACACUGCCUUACUAAUAACUCAUUCGGAACAUUCUGAUGUUACACUACCAACUGCAAUACUUUAUGAUGCUUAGUGUUUUGACAACUCCAUAGCUCUGAGUCAGCCAUGAUUCAUAGUUACUGAUGCAAUGUAUCUCAUUUAGAAGAAUGAAAGUAGAGCACUGAUGUUUGGAUCACUCGGGAAAAGCCUCAAGUAAAUGAAAACCAGUAGCUUUUGAUGCUUUUAAUAAAGAGACGAGGUUUACAGACUCAGAGGAAAUUCAGUGCAUAGCUAAAUCACUGGUAGAAACAAUUUCUGCCAACUCCAGCAGGACCAAAGCUAAAACCAAAGGUCAAAAUGAUGCUCUUUUAAGCUUUAAUUCAGUUCCAAUGACUGUACAAAAAGGAGAAAGUGAAAGCUUUUCUCUUUGCAGAUUUAAUGUAGCUGACUUUUUGUUAUGGCUGUUACAUGUAAGAAUGUCAAUUUCUAUAUAAGCUAAACAGCAAGUAGCUAAUAUAUUUGAUGUGUUUUAAUAUAUUUGGCAACUUUUUGCACAAGUCCUGAACUAUUACAUACACAACAUGUAUCUGGAUUACAUAUAUGCUAUAUUGGCCUACACAUGAAAGCUAUAUAACCAAAAGGUUUUACUGUGCCUUAAAUAAAUUCCUACAUUACAAGUUCUGUUGUCUCUUUACAGAUAAAAACAAGUACAGUAACACAACAGAUAAAAGGUAACAGUAUAAAAUGGGACAAAGUGAUUACAAAGAAUAGACUGUCCUGAACAGGUGAGUUUUGAGUCUAGAUUUGAAGAGAGAGAGAGUCAAUGUUUAGGA